CAUUUGCACAGACUUCAAUUUUUUACAAUUUUUACCGAGAUAAUUAUAAUUUUUAGUAAUUUUUAAUGUUAAAAUUAGAAAAAACUUAGGAAAAUUAGUAUUUAUUACUUUACUACAUAAAUAACAUUAAAAACAAGUAGUGAAUAAUAUACAAUUGGAAUUAGCAUGAUGGAUCAUCGAGAUUUACAUGCUCCAGUCGACUUUAACAAGUCGAUGGAGGAAAUGACACCCGAAGAAAAAAUGAGAUAUGAACAUCAGAUGAGACACGAAAAACAUAAAGGUCAUGAAGCUAUGCACUCGGAAAUGGUGCUUAUAUUGUUUGCCACACUUAUAGUGGCACAAAUUGCUUUGGUACAAUGGAAGAAAAGGCACUAUAGAUCUUAUUCGGCCGUAACACUUUUAGCAAUGUGGACUAUACCUUUAGGCAUAUCAUUUUUUUAUGGUUGGAUGCGUUUCAUUAUCAUUUGGUCUGUGUUCUCAGUUAUAACAGCCAUAGUCAUGAGACGAGCAAUUAGUAAACCGAUUCAAGGAACCACUCCAAGGCUAGUUUAUAAAUGGUUUUAUUUUAUUUAUAAACUUAGUUACGGCCUUGGUAUUGUUGGCUAUUUAAUAAUGAUGGCCACGUUUUUAGGUUUCAAUUUUAUAUUUAAUCAAGCUCCAAAUGUGUGGAUGGAUGUUGGUUUAAUGUUUGUAUUUUAUGGUCUUUAUAUUGGUGUUUUGGGUAGAGACAUAUCAGAAAUAUGCUCAGAAAAGAUGGCAGCAUUAAUUGGUUACUAUACACCACAAGGAAUUCCUACAAGACAUUUGGAGGACAAUGUGUGUGCAGUUUGUGGCAAUUUAUUGUUAGUUAGUGAAAAGGAAGAGGGAAUUAUUGAAAACACCUAUAAGUUGUCUUGCAAUCAUGUAUUUCACGAAUUCUGCAUACGUGGCUGGUGCAUCGUGGGAAAGAAACAAACCUGCCCUUAUUGCAAGGAAAAAGUGGACCUUAAGAAAAUGUUUUGUAAUCCUUGGGAACGACCUCAUGUUUUGUAUGGCCGUUUAUUGGAUUGGAUACGUUUCUUGGUGGCUUGGCAGCCGUUAAUAUUUUUCAUUGUUCAGGGUAUAAAUUGGGUAUUGGGCUUAGAAUAAUAUUUAAUUGCCUCAAAUUCUAGUCAAAUUAGAUUUACGUCAUUAAUUUUGCAUAUAUUAAGUUACAUUUCUCUUUUCCUCUGUUUUAAAUCGCCUUUUCACAAAUUCUCUAAAAUUGUUUCUUAUCUAAAAUGACCAACGAAAUAUCAUUGUUUUAAUUUAAAAUCUUUAAAUUUAUUUUACUUGCUGACUUACUAAACAGUUGGCUACUAAGUCUUUAAAAUCUUAAAUAUAUUGUCAAUAAUCAGUACUGUAAGAAAAUCCCAAUUUGACAAACAAGUUCUGUAUCAUCUAUACAUUUGUAAUUCAUUAUUAUUUAAACAAUUAUUUGUUACUAAGAAGUAUCAAAAAAAUGGUUAAUGAAAUAAAAAAAAAACAUGGAAAUGCCUUUCAAAUCUUAAUAUUUUACAUAAAAA